GGUUGUGCCAUUGCACUCCAGUCUGGGUGACAGAGUGAGACUCUGUCUCAAAAAAAAACAAAAAACAAAAAACUAACCAGGUUGGUGCCAUGCACCUACAACCCUAGCUACUUGGGAGUCUGAGGUGGGAGGAUUGCCUGAGCAAGGCAAUCAAGAGUUCAAGGCUGCAGCGAGCCAUGAUUGUACCACUGCACUUCAGCUUGGGUAGUAGAGUGAGACCCUAUCUCAAAACAGCCUUGAGAAAAUACUGGUAAAUUGUUGAGAAUUAAUUGUCUUUUAUUUUUCCAGGAACCAAAAGAACGUAGUGGUGGUUAAUCCGUGACAUGAAAUCAUUAACAUACCGUCUUAGGUCUCAGCAGAAUAUGGAAUGACUUGGGCAUGGGGGCAAAUUUGGAUCAAUAUCUAUGACACACUAAAGUGUUUUAUGAAUCAUUGCGUAUUAGAAUGGCUGAUAUCAUACAAAUGAACAGCUGAAUCUCCACAUGUCUUAAUGAUUCAUCUUUUUAUAUGUGACAUGCACAGGGUCUUUAGGGAGAAUAUUAGGAUCAACUCAGUCCCUGAAAACUGGGUCUUUAGGGAAAGAGCUAAAUAAUAGCUUACAAAGAAUAUUGACUUGGGAGCUCUCACACUUGGAAGGCAGCCUUAUGUAGUUUAUUAUAUCUAAAUCAUAGGUGGUAUGUGAUCUAAUGAAUUAAUGAGGUCUGAGUCGGAUCAAAUUCGCCUUCCAGAGUUACGUUUAUUUAACAUGCUUUAACCCAGAAAAUGAAUAUUUGUCAGUGAGCACCAAACAGCCGUGCGCCGCAGUGCUUCAGCGAGUCAGGUCCUGAGGCCACUCUGGCUAUCCUCCUUACAAUUCAUGUGAAAUACCUACUGCAGGACAAAGCAUCUGAUGGUUUGGAGGAUGUUUCUGUAGUCCUAGGAAUCCACAGUGAAUUUGAGUCUAGACUCAGUCAUUUUUCAGGGUCAGGGGAGGAGGGAGAAGUAGCAAAUCAGAUAUGCCCAAAACGUUACAGAGGUAACAGUGAAUCCAGGAUGCUGCUGUCAGCCUGUGCAUUGUGAAGAAGGCAAUCAUAGCUGAGCAGCCGCGGAAGCAGGAGCAGCAGCGUGCUAAGAAGCAGUCACAUAAACAGCAGCAGGAGUAGGCCUCCUCCUUUUUAAAAGCAGAAUACUGCAGGGUCGUGAAAUGCAAGAUUCUCAGAUGUUUGAAAAUCUCCCGAGUUGAGAAUGGCUACUGUAAAAGCGUCACCAAGAAACUCUGAUGAUCUGGACAGUCCUAACUCUGUGUUAGCAAUACUUACUUCUGGAAAAUUAAUGCUACUUCUUGUAGAUUUUUGCAAAUAGGAAACCCCCUUGAAGAAGAUCUCAAAUUACGCCCCCUACCCCCCAAAAAAGACAAAGCAGGGGAGAACAAAGUUUUGGCAUGCCUGCAGGAACGGUGGCUUUUUUAGAAACUACCUAGGAGGCAGAAGCUAAGCGAUUUGCUCAUGCCUCUUACCUGGGAGUAGAAGGUGGGAAGAAAUGGACCGAGGCUGUGACGAGAAGACAAGGCACAGUGCAGCUUGGUGAAGCCACACGCUGACUGCGUUCUGCCCCCUCUUCAUGCAGUGCUGCGGGCUGGUGCAUCGCCGGCGAGUACGGGUGUCCUAUGGUUCGGCAGACUCCUACACUAGCCGUCCAUCCGAUUCCGAUGUAUCUCUGGAGGAGGACCGGGAAGCAGUGCGCAGAGAAGCGGAGCGGCAGGCCCAGGCACAGUUGGAAAAAGCAAAGACAAAGCCCGUGGCAUUUGCAGUUCGGACAAAUGUCAGCUACAGUGCGGCCCAUGAAGAUGAUGUUCCAGUGCCUGGCAUGGCCAUCUCAUUCGAAGCAAAAGAUUUUCUGCAUGUUAAGGAAAAAUUUAACAAUGACUGGUGGAUAGGGAGACUGGUAAAAGAAGGCUGUGAAAUCGGAUUCAUUCCAAGCCCAGUAAAACUAGAAAACAUGAGGCUGCAGCAUGAACAGAGAGCCAAGCAAGGGAAAUUCUACUCCAGUAAAUCAGGAGGAAAUUCAUCAUCCAGUUUGGGUGACAUAGUACCUAGUUCCAGAAAAUCAACACCUCCAUCGUCUGCUGUAGACAUAGAUGCUACUGGCUUAGAUGCAGAAGAAAAUGAUAUUCCAGCAAACCACCGCUCCCCUAAACCCAGUGCAAACAGUGUAACGUCACCCCACUCCAAAGAGAAACGAAUGCCCUUCUUUAAGAAGACAGAGCACACUCCUCCAUAUGAUGUGGUACCUUCCAUGCGACCAGUGGUCCUAGUAGGCCCUUCUCUGAAAGGCUAUGAGGUCACAGAUAUGAUGCAAAAAGCGCUGUUUGAUUUUUUAAAACACAGAUUUGAAGGGCGGAUAUCCAUCACAAGGGUCACCGCUGACAUCUCGCUUGCCAAACGCUCAGUAUUAAACAAUCCCAGUAAGCACGCAAUAAUAGAAAGAUCCAACACAAGGUCAAGCUUAGCGGAAGUUCAGAGUGAAAUUGAAAGGAUUUUUGAACUUGCAAGAACAUUGCAAUUGGUGGUCCUUGAUGCGGAUACGAUUAAUCAUCCAGCUCAACUCAGUAAAACCUCCUUGGCCCCUAUUAUAGUAUAUGUAAAGAUUUCUUCUCCUAAGGUUUUACAAAGGUUAAUAAAAUCUCGAGGGAAAUCUCAAGCUAAACACCUCAACGUCCAGAUGGUAGCAGCUGAUAAACUGGCUCAGUGUCCUCCAGAGUUGUUCGAUGUGAUCUUGGAUGAGAACCAGCUUGAGGAUGCCUGUGAGCACCUUGCCGACUAUCUGGAGGCCUACUGGAAGGCCACCCAUCCUCCCAGCAGCAGCCUCCCCAACCCUCUCCUUAGCCGUACAUUAGCCACUUCAAGUCUGCCUCUUAGCCCCACCCUAGCCUCUAAUUCACAGGGUUCUCAAGGUGAUCAAAGGACUGAUCGCUCCGCUCCUAUCCGUUCUGCUUCCCAAGCUGAAGAAGAACCUAGUGUGGAACCAGUCAAAAAAUCCCAGCACCGCUCUUCCUCCUCAGCCCCACACCACAACCAUCGCGGUGGGACAAGUCGCGGCCUCUCCAGGCAAGAGACAUUUGACUCGGAAACCCAGGAGAGUCGAGACUCUGCCUACAUAGAGCCAAAGGAAGAUUAUUCCCAUGACCACGUGGACCACUAUGCCUCACACCGUGACCACAACCACAGAGACGAGACCCACGGGAGCAGUGACCACAGACACCGGGAGUCUCGGCACCGUUCCCGAGACGUGGAUCGAGAGCAGGACCACAAUGAGUGCAACAAACAGCGCAGCCGUCAUAAAUCCAAGGAUCGCUACUGUGAAAAGGAUGGAGAAGUGAUAUCCAAAAAACGGAAUGAGGCUGGGGAGUGGAACAGGGAUGUUUACAUCCGCCAAUGACUUUUGCCCUUUUGUGUUGGUUUUUUUUUUUUUUUUUGAAGUCUUCUAUAACAGCAUCCCCAAAACCAAGCCUUUGGGGUCUACACUGCAAUCGUAUGUGAUCUGUCUUGUAAUAUUUUGUAUUGCUGUUGCUUAAAUAGCAAUAGUAUGAAUAGAGUAUUAAGAUACUUUUUCUUUUGUAAGUGCUACAUAAAUUGGCCUGGUAUGGCUGCAGUCCUCCGGUUGUAUACUGGACUCUUCAAAAACUGUUUUAGGUAGCUGCCACUUGAACAAAAUCUGUUGCCACCCAGGUGAUGUUGGUGUUUUAAGAAAUGUAGUUGAUGUAUCCAACAAGCCAGAAUCAGCACAGAUAAAAAGUGGAAUUUCUCAUUUCUCCAGAUUUUUAAUACGCAGGCACCUGAUUUGCAUAUUCAUUCAUGGACCACUGUUUCUUGCUUGUACCUCUGGCUGACUAAAUUUGGGGACAGAUUCAGUCUUGCCUUACACAAAGGGGAUCAUAAAGUUAGAAUCUAUUUUCUAUGUACUAGUACUGUGUACUGUAUAGACAGUUUGUAAAUGUUAUUUCUGCAAACACCUUCUUAUUAUAUUAUAUAUAUAUAUAUAUAUAUGUUUGAUCACACUAUUUUAGAGUCUUAAUGCCAAGUCAGCAGAUUUGCUUUAUGAAUUACAGGGACUAGAAAUGCCCACAUUCAGGAAAUUUGUAAUAACAUUGUCUAGACACUUAUCCUCAUUCUAGUAGAAAGAUUGUACAUACUGUAAAUAUGUGUGAUUGCUUGACUUGAAAAGGUUUGAAUUCUGAAUGUUAUACCAUCCUUGUAAGUUUGUAAUUUUCACCAUAAAUUAUGGUCAAUAUAAAACUCCAGAGGUUGUUCUACUCCAUACAGUUCACACUGAUUGUGACACAUUCUUAGUAGCUAGUGUCUGUUCUAGUCACUGCACUGGAGUCUAUGAGCCGGAACUCGCUAUAUGCACGUGUGUGUGUCCGUAUGUAAGAGUGUGCACGAGUGACUGAAUGGCUGAGAUGAAUUGGAAUGCUGAAGACUAGUGAAGAAACUAAAGACUGAUAUGGAGCAUUCUGCCCACCUGGCUCUGUAUUUAAUUGUGCUAUCUGUUGCUUUAAUAACCCAUUGAGCAGUCAGGGAAUGUGAGUAAGCUUGCUGCCAAAGGUAACUAGGAAAGCAUUCAUCUGCUGCCUCCUUGUUUUUGCUCCUAGAGAGUAAAACUACAGGCAAUUUUACUGUGAGUGUUUCACUGGAAAUGUACAAUCUUUGUGUGUUAGAGUAUUUGUUUUAGUAAGAAAUGUUUACACAGCUUGUGGAAUUAUUUCGUGGGAAAAUAAAUUUUUAUAACUUCUCCCACUUCAUUUUCUAACCUUGCCUAUUGUUCCUGUUGUUUACCUCCCAGUUACCUACCAUUCCUCCCCACCACCGACUCCAGCAGGUUCACUGUCUGUCAGAACCCGGAAGUGCUUCUUAUAACCAAAGUUUCUGUUUUUCAGAAGUAAUCAGGGCAAAAUGGGGUGACUUGAAGUGAAUAAAAUGUUUAGAAUAUUAUCCUACAUAAGACAUCUACACGGAAGGGGAACCUUGAAGACAUUAUCUCCAUGCCUCAAUUACACUGCUGUAAGAAGCUUACAGUGUCAUCAUGUUUAAGGCUAAGACCUUUUCCAUGUCUCAAGUGUUUAUUUUGUCCAGUUAUAACUGGAUGGUAAGACAGUAUUAAGAGUGCAAGUACCUGGUACUUGAAGUUUGUCCCAAUAAAAUGCCUGUGUAUAACUGCCUAACUUCAGAUCUACAUAUUCACUUAUAUAACAAAAUAAUCAGCCGGGCAUGGUAGCUCAUGCCUGUAAUCGCAACUCUUUGGGAAGCCGAGGCAGGUGGAUCACUUGAGGUCAGGAGUUCAAGACCAGCCUGGCCAAUGUGGCGAAACCCCGUCUCUACCAAAAAUACAAAAAAUUAGCCAGGUAUGGUGGUGCACACCUGUAAUCCCAGCUACUCGGGAGGCUGAGGCAGGAGAAUUGCUUGAACCCAGGAGGUGGAGGCUGCAGUGAGCCAAGAUCGUGCCACUGUACUCCAGCCUGGGUGACAGAGUGAGACUCUAUCUCAAAAAACAAACAAAAAAACCUAUUCAGCAAAACUAUAAUUAUAAAAUCAAUUAUUUUGCUUCCUUGAUUAUUCCAAGUUCUUGCCAAAUAUUCUUAGACUUUUAUAAGUAAAACUGUUUUACAUUUAACACCUUAUUUCCCUUAUCCCCAAGAAAACUCAGUAUUAAAAAAUGAUUAAGCUGGGGUGGUGGAAUGUACCUGUAGACCCAGCUACUUGGGAGGCUGAGACAGGAGGAUCCCUUGAGCCCAGGAGGUGGAGGUUGCAGUGAGCUGUGGCUGUACCACUGCACUCUAUCCUGGUGACAACCUGAUGUCUAAAAAACGAAAAUAAAAAUUAGUUACAUAUAUAAUGUUUUAUCAGCUUAUAUAUGAAAAAUUUCCCUCAAUUUGUUAAUUAGCUUUAUACUGUUUACAUGAAUUUAUUUUACCGAGUAUAAAAACAGUAGUCAUAAUAAACUUGACAAUUCUUACAUUGUCCUACCAGUAGGAAACCAUAUUCUAGUUAAAAUUGCUUUUAUAAAGUAUUUCUGAUAAAACUUUUGUCAUGGUAAGAGAUUCACAAUUACUAGGUUCAAUCCUUUACUAUUUCAUCCCAAUUAAUUAUUUUGGAAUAUUUAAAUUCUUGAAACACAGCUAGUAUUUAUCUUACUUGCUGCUAUCAUUAAUCCCUUUCAAAAAGUAGUGGUUAGAGUUUCCAUCUUUUUAAUUUUGUAUCUAGAUUCUUAGCUUGCACUUUACUGUGGAACAUGAGUGCAAAUUAGAAUAUUCCUCAAAAAACUAGCUUGAAGGAUUUGACAUAAGAGCAUCUAUAUGUGAAAAACUGUAUAGUGGACAUAUGUGUAAACUGUGUAGUAAAUCUGUAAAUGAGGAAAUAAUCCCAAGGGUAAUGGGAUAUUUACUGACCUGUGGAAUGUAUAUAGUCUUUUCACACAACAAAGGCUUAAUCUUAACCCACUCAGCUGUAGAACCAUGAUUUUUGUAGUCAACCUAGAAAAUGCUGGAAAUGUAUUUAAUAGUUUUUUUUUUUUUUUGGUCAUACUCAUUUCAGUCUUUCCUAUGCUCUUUCUCUAUUGCUUAUUUAAGUUACUGUUACAAAAAGGUGCUGCUAAAUGUAGGAUGUCUUAGUCAUGUUGUACUUCGGGACAAUGCCACAUUUUUAACAUGGUCUGCUAUGCAUUCCUGUUCAACAUUCACUGUCAGCUACACUGAACUGUCUAACAAACCUGGUUUAAAGUAAUUCAUAUAAAACAAAUAAAGAGCUGGCUUCUGCACUGUU